AUUCUAGAAGUUGAGGCAUGGACUCUGAAACCCAAAGUAGUUCAUAUCCAAGUUUCACCACUAUUAUUAGUUCUGUAUGAUCUACUGUCUCUAAAACAAGGACAUUGGUGGCUUUGACUAGGUUAGCAGUGGAGGCAGCUAGAAGUUACCAGACUAUACUUUAAAGGUAAAGUCAACAGGAUUUACUGGCACAUUUGGUGCAAGAAAAUGAGAGAAAUCAUGGAUGACUCCCAACAUUUUUGUUCUGAAUAACUGGAGGCCAGAAGUUGCCAUUUAUGAGCUGGGGAAGCUGUGGAGGAAAUAAGGAUAGGUUCUGCAGUGUUAACUUGAAGAUUCCAAUUAGACGUGCAAGUAGUAACUGUUAAAGUAAUCUUGGAAAAUGCUUUCCUGACGUCGUGCUUUAGACUAGAAUAUAUCGUUGGAAUGAUACUCUAUUCCUGCCUACAAGAAUCCUCUCAAUUUCCAUAAACCUGUUUCCUCAUCUGCAAAAUAGGUUUAACAACUAUCUCAUAGGUUGUGAAGAUAAAAAUGUUCGUAAAGCAUCUAGCACAAUAGCGUCCAGUACAGCGAUCAAAUAACGUUCCUUCUUUUGAAGUCGAAUUAGGCAUAUUUUGCAUCGUGUAAAGAAUUACUAUGUCUAAUAGAGAGGAGCCUUGAAGUUCUAAUCCGGGUCUGCAAAGGCAAAUUGGCAGCUCCGUCAUGGUUUGGAAGAGAAAUAUGCAAGAAAUUAACACAGAGGUUAGUGACAGGCUGCCCUGGCGACCACACUUCCCGGCAGCCCUCGGGCAGCUAGGCACCUUCGCGGAUUGGACGACUCAGUAGGAGGCGGGUAGCGGGGGAGGGGAUGGACGUGAGGCACUGUGGGUAGGAGACGGCCGUCGUAGGAGGCGCCAUUUUGUGGAGCGGCCGAACCUUGCUGGAGGUUCUGGGGUGCAGAACCGACACGGCUGUUUCGGUCUUUCCUGGGGGUAAGUGUGGCGGCCGUCCGUAACGAGAGGAGGGUCUUGCCGUUGGGGCUGUCCCCCAAGCCUCUUUGUCAGCUGCCAGAGGCGGCUGAUCUGCCCCAGCCGGUUCUCUAGAGGGGCUAAAUUACCCGAGGCGUUGGAGGGCCGUACCCCUCCUUGCCUCCAACUCUGUCAGGUUCCUGAAGUUGCUCAGCUCAGCCCUGGAACCGCUUUUUUUUGGGCUGUGAGUUUGCCACUUGCUGGGACGCAUCCCCGAACCCCCAGCCCAACGGAGCGGUGGAGUCGUCGCUUGUCCUUCGGGGCACUCCUCGGGAGCCCGGGCAAUCUCUAGCCGCCAUCGCCUAUCAGCUGCAUCUGAAUCGCCCUCUCCGAAAGACUGUUCGAAAAUAUAAUAUUUGAAUCCUUUGGAGCUGUGUGCUAGAUCAUCGUCAGUGGGACAAUGGGUUCAGAUAAACGAGUGAGUAGAACAGAGCGUAGUGGAAGGUAUGGUUCCAUCAUAGACAGGGAUGACCGUGAUGAGCGUGAAUCCAGAAGCAGGCGGAGGGACUCAGAUUACAAAAGAUCUAGCGAUGAUCGGAGGGGUGAUAGAUACGACGACUACCGAGACUAUGACAGUCCGGAGAGAGAGCGCGAAAGAAGGAACAGUGACCGAUCAGAAGAUGGCUACCAUUCAGAUGGUGACUAUGGCGAGCAUGACUAUAGGCAUGAUAUCAGUGAUGAGAGGGAGAGCAAGACCAUCAUGCUGCGCGGACUUCCCAUCACCAUCACAGAGAGCGAUAUUCGAGAAAUGAUGGAGUCCUUUGAAGGUCCUCAGCCUGCGGAUGUGAGGCUAAUGAAGAGGAAAACAGGUGUAAGCCGUGGUUUCGCCUUCGUGGAGUUUUAUCACUUGCAAGAUGCUACCAGCUGGAUGGAAGCCAAUCAGAAAAAGUUGGUGAUUCAAGGAAAGCACAUUGCAAUGCAUUAUAGCAAUCCCAAACCUAAGUUUGAAGAUUGGCUAUGUAACAAGUGCUGCCUUAACAAUUUCAGGAAAAGACUAAAAUGCUUCCGAUGUGGAGCGGACAAGUUUGACUCUGAACAGGAAGUGCCACCUGGAACCACAGAGUCAGUUCAGUCUGUGGAUUACUACUGUGAUACAAUCAUUCUUCGGAACAUAGCUCCUCACACUGUGGUGGAUUCCAUCAUGACAGCACUGUCACCCUAUGCGUCCUUAGCUGUCAAUAACAUUCGUCUCAUAAAAGACAAACAGACCCAGCAGAACAGAGGCUUCGCAUUUGUGCAGCUAUCUUCGGCAAUGGAUGCCUCUCAGUUGCUUCAAAUAUUACAGAGUCUCCAUCCUCCUUUGAAAAUUGAUGGUAAAACUAUUGGAGUUGAUUUCGCAAAAAGUGCCAGAAAAGACUUGGUCCUCCCAGAUGGAAACCGGGUCAGCGCCUUCUCUGUGGCUAGUACGGCCAUUGCUGCUGCUCAGUGGUCAUCCACCCAGUCUCAAAGUGGUGAAGGAGGCAGUGUUGACUACAGUUACCUGCAGCCAGGCCAAGAUGGCUAUGCCCAGUACUCUCAGUACUCACAGGAUUACCAGCAGUUUUAUCAGCAACAAGCUGGAGGAUUGGAAUCUGAUGCAUCAUCUGCAUCAGGCACAGCAGUGACCACCACCUCAGCAGCUGUAGUGUCCCAGAGUCCCCAGCUGUAUAACCAAACCUCCAAUCCACCUGGCUCUCCGACUGAGGAAGCACAGCCUAGCACUAGCACAAGUACACAGGCCCCAGCCGCUUCCCCCACUGGUGUAGUUCCUGGUACCAAAUAUGCAGUACCUGACACAUCCACUUACCAGUAUGAUGAAUCUUCAGGAUAUUACUAUGAUCCAACAACAGGACUCUACUAUGACCCCAACUCACAAUAUUACUAUAAUUCCUUAACCCAGCAGUACCUUUACUGGGAUGGAGAGAAAGAGACCUAUGUGCCAGCUGCAGAGUCUAGCUCCCACCAGCAGACGGGCCUGCCUCCUGCAAAAGAGGGGAAGGAGAAGAAGGAAAAACCCAAAAGUAAAACAGCCCAGCAGAUCGCCAAAGACAUGGAACGCUGGGCUAAGAGUUUGAAUAAGCAGAAAGAAAAUUUUAAAAAUAGCUUUCAACCUGUCAAUUCCUUGAGGGAAGAAGAAAGAAGAGAGUCUGCUGCAGCAGAUGCUGGCUUUGCUCUCUUUGAGAAGAAGGGAGCCUUAGCUGAAAGGCAGCAGCUCAUCCCAGAAUUGGUGCGAAAUGGAGAUGAGGAGAAUCCCCUCAAAAGGGGCCUGGUUGCUGCUUACAGUGGCGACAGUGACAAUGAGGAGGAGCUAGUGGAGAGACUUGAGAGUGAGGAGGAGAAGCUGGCUGACUGGAAGAAGAUGGCCUGCCUGCUCUGCCGGCGCCAAUUCCCAAACAAAGAUGCCCUGGUCAGGCACCAGCAGCUCUCAGACCUGCACAAGCAAAACAUGGACAUCUACCGACGAUCCAGGCUGAGUGAGCAGGAGCUGGAAGCCUUGGAGCUGAGGGAGAGAGAGAUGAAAUACAGAGAUCGAGCUGCAGAAAGACGGGAGAAGUAUGGUAUUCCAGAACCUCCAGAGCCCAAGCGCAAGAAGCAGUUCGAUGCUGGCACUGUGAAUUAUGAGCAGCCCACCAAAGAUGGCAUUGACCACAGUAACAUCGGCAACAAGAUGCUGCAGGCCAUGGGCUGGCGGGAAGGCUCUGGUUUGGGAAGAAAGUGUCAAGGCAUCACAGCUCCUAUUGAGGCUCAAGUCCGGCUAAAAGGAGCUGGCCUAGGAGCCAAAGGCAGCGCAUAUGGGUUGUCAGGUGCUGAUUCCUACAAAGAUGCUGUCCGAAAAGCCAUGUUUGCCCGGUUCACUGAGAUGGAGUGAGACUGAGAGAGAGAUGACAAAAAGCGCAAGAAAUGGUCCAUUUCCUGAAUUUACUCUUAAUGCCUGUCUCUUUAAGGGCAUGCCUUGAGCUGUUAAUAGUCCUGAGGAUGAACCACUUCAUUCUGCAGGGUUCUUCCUCCCACCUUAAAGGAGUUCCCCUAAGGUGGGUUAUCUGGUGAAUGGCCUGUCUUCCCCCCAGAGGGUUUGUGAACAGACCAGAGAGGACAGUGGGUUUUUAUACUUCGGUGUACAUAGUGUAAUGUAAUGUUUUACAUGUGUAGCCUAUAUUGUGGUCUGUCAGCUCCUCACAUUCUGGGAGGUGUUGAGAUGCCCAGGUGGUAUGUGACACCAAAGCCACCUCUGUCAUUUGUCCUAGUGAUGUCUUUUCUUGGCAAAAGCCUUAUGUAUAUUUGUAUAUUACGCAUUUGUACAGAAUUUUGGAAGAUUUUCGGUCUAGUUGCCAAAUCUGGCUUCUUUACAAAAGAAAUACCUUGAAAAAUG